AGUGGCUUUCGGUGAGCGCGUCCGACUACGCGCUAUAUCAGGUUUUGUGUGUAUAUUCUUUGACUUACGGACAUUAUCAAAGUAAAAAUGUGCAACGUGUUAUCAUCAAUAGUGAGAUUUAUAAGAUCUAUUUAUGAGGUGGUAUUCGAUUUUCUCUUCUCGCUUUAUUGGGAGCGUAAGAAAGAGAUGAUCCCCGACCUAGAGGCAAAGCACGCCUUCCUUUCUGAAAGUGCUGUGACACUGGCCAAGAAGAUUAGGAACAGAGAACUAAAGUCUGAAGAAUUGGUGCAAGCCGUUAUUGAAAGGAUAAAGCAGGUGAAUCCCAUUAUCAAUGCUGUGGUCGACAACAGGUACGAGCAAGCACUAGCUGAAGCAAGAGCAGUAGACAGCCUUCUAGCUACCGGGGUCACCGAUCUCGAGAAAACGAAACCAUUUUUGGGUGUUCCAUUCACCACGAAAGAGUCGCAGCCCGUGAAAGGAUUGUCUGUAACGUAUGGUCUCUGGUUAUGGAAGAACAAGCGAGCCGAGGAAGACUGUGAGGCGGUGGCCAGACUAAGGAAUGCGGGGGCAAUACCUCUCGCCGUCACCAACCUCCCUGAAUUGCUAAUAUGGUCUGAGGCUAGGAAUCCAGUUCAUGGUGCGACGAAAAAUCCUCACCACACUGGCAGGACAGCUGGAGGGUCCAGCGGGGCUGAGGCCGCUCUCAUGGCCACUUAUAGCACAGUUAUUGGACUCAGUUCAGAUAUUGCCGGUUCUACUAGAAUACCGUCAUUCUACUGCGGGAUGUUCGGUUACAAUCCCACAGCUGACGUCGUUAAUUUGAAAGGAAUUUUCUCACGAAACGGACAGGAGCCCUCCAGUAUGCUUUGUUUCGGCUUCAUUUCGAAGCAUAUGGAGGAUCAGGCGCCACUAAUGAAGGUCAUCGCCGGCGACAAGGCUCAUUUGUUACGACUCGAUCGAGAAGUAGAUAUAAAGGAUAUAAAAGUGUUCUUCACGUCCUCGAUCAACGAUAUAUGGAUGAGUUCACCGAAUGCGGAACUAAAAGACGUCAUGAAUAGGGUUAUUCUGAAAUUGGGACAGAUUUUACCCAGUGAAAAUAAACCACUGCCUUACUACCACAAGUGCUUUGACAACAUCAUCAAUGUAUGGAAGCAUUGGAUGAGCAAAGAACCCGAGGACUACUUCAACAUGUACACUGAUGGGAAGGGCAAACCGAACAUGUUAUGGGAAAUGGUGAAAAAAUUCCUCGGGUUCAGUAAACACAGUCUGUAUCUCGUUAUGCGCCUAUGCGGUGAUCAGCUCUUGCCCGCCGUCAACGCCGAGUGGGCAGAAACACUUACACAAUCUCUAAAAGAUGACUUAUUUUCUAAACUGGGCGACAACGGCGUGUUGCUGUUGCCCAGCAGCCCCCUGCCCUGUCCGUACCACUACUACACGUACAUCAAUCCCUACAAUUUCGGCGCAUUCGCUGUGAGCAAUGUACUCAAAUGUCCAGCGGUUCAGGUGCCCAUAGGUGUGAACAGCAAGAAUAUACCAGUAGGGAUUCAGGUACUUGCAGCGCCACACAAUGAUGCUGUUUGUCUGACAGUCGCUAAAUAUCUCGAGAAGGAGUUUGGAGGCGCUGUUAUGGCGUGUAAAGUAAAAUAAAAUGUUAAACUAUUAUUCUAAGUCUUGACAUACCUAUAAACUCUGGAUGGGAAACGGAUUUUUCAAGUUAGUUUAAUUGAAAGUGUAGAGAUGUAGCCUACGCAAUCAAAACUGGAUCAACAAUUUUCUAUUUCUAUAUGAAAAAACUAUGCGAUUUAUUUUAACAAUCUAUUUACACAUAAUCUCUGCCCAUCAGAUUUGAUGACGGUCUUCUUUUUAAUUGUUUGUGAUUAAGAAUCUAGCUUAAUCUAGUGUUAUACAUACUGGAAAGUACUCGAAAUAUAUUUCUAUGUUUGUAAGCUUUUUGUCAUUGUCUUGUUGUUGUCACUCGAUUGAAAAUAUCAUUAUGCGUUUCCGGUAUUUUCCUUAACAAUGAAUCAUCAUCAAAAAUUGUUUAUUAUUUUUUCAUUGUAUGAAAAUACUUUUUUUAUUGUUAUUAAUGUAGCAUUUUAUUGUUUGGCAUUUUCUUUAUAAAAUUAUAAUGAGCUGUUGACUG